AUGGUAUCGAGAUUCUUCCAGCUCGUCCUGCUCGCAGGAAUGAUGCUGCUCAUCCCCAGCUUCCUCUACCUCUCACAUCCGACGCGAACAACGCUCAUCGAUCCACAUUCAGGACUGGCUUAUUCGUCAGACUCGAUUCUGCCCGGUGGAGCGGCGAAUGCGGACGCGCAGGUGUCGCAAGGCAAGGGCGUCGAUGGAUCACACCUCUUUGGGUGGCAUUGGCAAGACGCAUCCUCGAACGUCAACAAAGGUGUCCACCGAGUGGAAGACCAGGUAAAGGGCUUGAUCGACUCGUUCCGUCCCCCACACGACUCCACCACAGCACCGAUAGCCAAGCCGGAGAAGGCAUCGUCAGACAAGGCGUCAAGCACAUCAGCUGCUGCAAAAGCGAAGGACACAGCCCGCGUUCCAGGCGUGAUCAUGCCCAAGAUGGCCAACGACACCGCCAAAGCCGCACUCGGCCGCUCCACAUGGCACUACCUGCACACCAUGACGCUGCGCUUCCCCGACAAGCCCACCAAGGAAGAGUCCGAAACGCUCCGCAGCUUCUUCCACGACUUUGCGCUCUUGUAUCCGUGCGGAGAGUGCGCACGGCACUUCCAACAGCUCAUCAAGGAGCUUCCCCCACAGGUUGGGUCUAGGAUGGGUGCGAGUCUGUGGUUGUGCGCAGUGCACAACGAGGUGAACAAGAGUUUGGGCAAGAAGGAGUUCCCGUGCGACAAGCUCGACGAGAGCUACGAUUGCGGCUGCGGAGAGGAUCCGAAGAAGGAUCCGAAAAAAGAGUCGGGGGAUGGGAAGAAGGAUGGGAAGGCGGCGACGAAGGUGAAGAGCGAGGCGGCAACGGUAACACCAACGAGCACGCACAAGACCGUCACACCGUUCAGGUAA